AUGCAGCUUUUCUUUCUUCUUUUUACUCUUGUUGAGCUCGUCUAUACGUCUCCUGUAGCAUACCCUCUCAGUAACAACACUUUGGCACGCCGAGGGGUCAUCAACGCUACAGAGGAGCUUGACACAGGUGGCCAUGCCGGAUUUCUCAUCAAUUCACAAAUGCGGUGGCCUCGUCUCCCAAACUACCAGGUUCUAAUCCCAUGGUGCUUCAAAGAUUUUGCCUCCGAGCAAGCUAUUGGCGCACAUAUCAUCGAUCGCGCAUGGGAAACCUGGACCCGCACACUCGGUGUAGCUUCGCUUCAAAACGGCCACAACUUAUAUUUCAGCCGCUGGUUGUCAGCAAGCGGAGAUAGCUACCCUUACUGCUAUGACGCGAACGGCCAAUGGAACCAUCAGAUACCUCCGCAAACUGUCUGUAUAUCUUUCAACUACCACUACCUACCAGGUGUUCAGGCACGACCUACAGUUGGUUACAAAGCGACCGAUAACACACCGGGUCGACACUGGAUGGUCUUUUCGCAUGACGCGAUGAUCCGAAAUCCCGAACAUGUUGCUGCACAUGAACUAGGUCAUGUCUUUGGCCUUUUGCAUGAACAUCAGCGCGCCGACCGAGAUUUCUACAUCAAUUACAACUGUAGGAAUGUUAUCGGAUUCGAUGGCGCACUAGCAAAGGCUUGA